AUGAAUAUCGACGACUAUAGACAAAUGAGAGAGAAUCUCUCUUCGAUCAUAGAUUCGCUUCCGUACUUGACUUCGACUACUGUACAACUGCCCCUCUUGGAUACGGAAGGAGGACUGUUUGGUACGGGGGAUGGUGGGGUUGUUGGGGUUAAAAACUUUAGGAUCAGUGCGCACAAGGAUAUAGAUGGAUUGGAUAAUUUUAUAGCCCAGCAUUUGAACACCCAAGGCCCGUUGCCACCUUUAUCGACCAACGCACCUUAUAUACUAGCUGUAUGGAGCGAGAUCGUCGCUGCUUGCCCGGUUCAAGCGAUCGGAAAAACAUUCAACUUGCCUAAAGAAAAGGGACGCGGAAAGGAUGCUGGGACAGUAAAAGUAGAUGUUGUCGCUGACGAAGGUCGGCGGUGGAUCCGGGUCAACACAAUAAAAAAUUCGCGUCUUAUGGCAGAGAUCCACGAACUCGACGGGUACGAUUCCGAAUCAUCCGACGAAGAGUCACCACAAAAUGGCGGCAUUGUUACCCCCUCGAGCGAGAAUUCGAUUAUUCGAAUGGCCAAGUCAUUACUUGCCGCUGCCAAAUACCAUGUCGUACCGGACACCGGCGAAAUCCCACACAUCACCUUGCGUCUCACACGACUGGAAAUUGAUCCUGUCAAUAGCGACGAACCGGUUGAUAUUCGAAUCAUACGUACCGUCAAGGAACUCGAGGGAAUGGGCAUUGACGUCCAACUUGGUGAAAGGCCGUUCCCUUCUCGACUGGUGGCCCCUACGUCUCCGCCCCCGGCUCCUCCUCGACCGACUCGUAGGGUGAAUCUAGACUUGUCGCUCAUAAUUGCACUGGUGUCGGAUCUGACUCAUGCUCCGCUUCCUACAAACGAAGUAGACGCAUAUGAACGCUUCAAGCCCCUUACCCGAGUCUGGAAAUCAGGAAAACUCUUCCGUAGCACUGUUAUUAAUGCGAGCGACCCUCCCAGCGACGAUGAAGGAGAUAGUGAGGUUAACGAAGGCGAAGAUGUUGUCAAAGAUUCGCACGAGCAUUCACGAGCGCUUGCACUACAACUUUUGUCCGAAAUGCGACACAGUCUUUUGGACGAGAUGGCUUCGUAUCUCAAAAGCGACCAGCCUUUAGAGUUUUGGACGACCCCCGAGGCCCAGCAGCGGUGCGCUAAGAUUGUACAAAAAAUCGGAGGAGUGGGUGAACGUAGGCGUGCCAAGGCGUUGUUUGACCCCAGUGGUGAACAAGCGUUCUGGGAAGGUUCGAGGUUUGGCGUAGCAUUUAUUCCGGGAUUGGUGCCAUUACGAGUCUACCCCGAACAUGUCCCCACUGUGACCGGUCUCCCUGGGUCCAAGCCAAUCAUACCGCACGAGAUAUUUUCUCGUCGACUAUUCAGAACCUGUCGAAUCCUCUUGUCUCCUUCGCAUGCUGAGGCUCAAGCGAGACUCAAAGGUACGAUUGUACCCUUGGGUUAUGCGACUGAACUCGGGCCUCCUGGAGAUACCCCCCUGGCACCCUCGAUAGACACCUGCACACCAUCUCCAUCCGUUUUAGCAGGCUCUCGUCCGAACACGAGGCUUACAGCCCAUACUGUCCGUUCGAUGCUAUGGGGAGUCUCAAGUCGAGUUACUACCCUGACUGCAAAUCGAGCGAGUGUGAGAGCUGUCUUGCGGGAGAUGAAGAUUUUGGCUGGAAUUGGGAGUAGUGACUCGGAAGAAGCCGAGGGAAAUCUUGAAAAUUCAGGUUUGGAGCACGGCAUUGGUGGGACGGAAAGGGAGGUUGGAGAUGAUGGUGUUGCAGUAUUAUGGGUUGUUGAACCUCGUUCGUUGGCAGAGCAGAUGCGAUCGGAUGUGGUCAACGCUGGAGAGGGUGUGAAUGCCUAG